AUGCAAACAUCCUGUAGCAAGUUGAUCCGAUGGAGUCCCCAAUUCUUUGAUUCUGGUACACCAACCACCGCAAAAUCCAAAAUGGCUUUCCCAGCCCUACCAGUUACCCUCACAUGCCUCACACUGUUAGCUCUCUUAUCACUCGCCAUGGCGGCUGAUAACAACUCCACUGGCCUCAUCCUCGUAAAUUGCGGAGCAUCGACCCAAGAAGCUGAUGAUAGUGGUCGUACUUGGGUCGGGGACACCGGCUCCAAGUUCGCGCCAUUAUUGAAAGGAGUUGCAACCACUGCUCCAAACCAAGACCCUUCACUCCCCUCCACGGUCCCUUUUAUGACUGCACGCAUCUUCACUUCAAACUACACCUAUUCCUUCUCUGUCAACCCAGGCCGCAUGUUCUUACGCCUCUACUUCUAUCCGGUUGCUUAUGCAAACUAUGCCGUCUCAGAUGCCUUCUUCAGUGUCACGACACGGAAUCUUGUCCUCUUAAAUGAUUUCAGUGCUUCGCAAACAGCUCAGGCGAUCACUUCUGCCUUCCUUGUGCGCGAGUUCUCGGUGAAUGUUUCUUCAGGAUCCUCCUUGGACCUCACCUUUGCCCCAUCAGCACAUCGCAAUGGUUCUUACGCAUUUGUGAACGGCAUUGAGAUUGUGCCCACUCCUGACAUCUUCACAGCACCUGACACAAGAUAUGUCGGUGAUAACACAGCCCCAUUCUCAUUCGACGCUGGCAUGGCCGUCCAGACUAUGUACCGGCUCAAUGUCGGGGGCCAAGCCAUUUCCCCGAAAGGUGACUCGGGCUUCUACCGCUCAUGGGCCAAUGAUGCCCCCUACAUAUUUGGUGGCUCUGGGGUGACCUUCUCCAAAGAUGAUAAUUUGACCAUCACCUAUACAUCCAACGUGCCGAAUUACACGGCGCCAGUUGAUGUCUAUGGUACAGCUCGGUCGAUGGGGCCAACUGCACAGAUCAACCUCAACUACAACCUUACAUGGAUUUUACCCGUUGAUGCGGGGUUCAGUUACCUCCUAAGGUUCCAUUUCUGUGAGAUUCAGUAUCCUAUUACAAAGCAGAAUCAGAGGUCCUUCUUCAUCUACAUCAACAAUCAGACAGCGCAGGAGCAAAUGGAUGUCAUCGUCUGGAGCGGAGGAAUCGGUAGAACAGCAUACACAGACUAUGUUAUCAUGGCUGUUGGUUCUGGUCAGGUGGACAUGUGGAUUGCACUUCACCCUGAUCUUUCAAGUAAACCAGAGUAUUUUGAUGCAAUACUGAAUGGUCUUGAGAUCUUCAAGCUACAGAAUUACGGAUCACCGAACAAUCUUUCUGGGCUCAAUCCUCCACUUCCACAAAAGCCAACUGAUGCCAGUCCCGGCGCGGCGUCUGGCAAAAUGAAAUCUGUCGCGGCUAUCAUAGGUGGAGCUGUUGGUGGUUUCGCAGUGCUGCUGGUCACAUGUUUUGGCGUUUGCAUCAUCUGCAAACGAAAGAACAAGAAGAACAAGAAGAAGAUAUCCAAGGAUCCUGGUGGUAAAUCUGAAGAUGGUCACUGGACUCCUCUCACCGAGUAUAGCGGAUCACGGUCAGCUAUGUCGGGAAACACGGCCACAACCGGGUCGACGCUGCCAUCCAACCUCUGCCGCCACUUCACUUUCGCCGAGCUUCAGACCGCCACCAAGAAUUUCGACCAGGCCUUCCUGCUCGGCAAAGGUGGGUUCGGGAACGUGUACCUCGGGGAGAUCGACAGUGGCACCAAGGUGGCGAUCAAGCGGUGCAACCCGAUGUCCGAGCAGGGCGUCCACGAGUUCCAGACGGAGAUCGAGAUGCUGUCCAAGCUCCGGCACCGCCACCUGGUGUCCCUCAUCGGCUACUGCGAGGACAAGAGCGAGAUGAUCCUGGUGUACGACUACAUGGCCCACGGCACGCUCCGGGAGCACCUCUACAACACCAAGAACCCGCCGCUGUCGUGGAAGAAGCGGCUCGAGAUCUGCAUCGGCGCCGCCCGGGGCCUCUACUACCUGCACACCGGCGUGAAGCACACCAUCAUCCACCGCGACGUCAAGACCACCAACAUCCUGCUGGACGACAAGUGGGUCGCCAAGGUCUCCGACUUCGGGCUGUCCAAGACGGGGCCCAACAUGGACGCCACCCACGUCAGCACCGUCGUCAAGGGCAGCUUCGGGUACCUCGACCCGGAGUACUUCCGGCGGCAGCAGCUCUCGGAGAAAUCCGACGUCUACUCCUUCGGCGUCGUGCUGUUCGAGGUGCUCUGCGCGCGCCCCGCGCUGAGCCCCUCGCUGCCCAAGGAGCAGAUCAGCCUCGCCGACUGGGCGCUGCGCUGCCAGAAGCAAGGCGUGCUCGGCCAGGUCAUGGACCCGGUGCUCCAGGGGAAGAUCGCGCCCCAGUGCUUCCUCAAGUUCACGGACACCGCGGAGAAAUGCGUGGCCGACCGCAGCGUCGACCGGCCGUCCAUGGGCGACGUCCUCUGGAACCUCGAGUUCGCGCUCCAGCUGCAGGAGAGCGAGGAGGACACCGGCAGCCUCACUGAGGGGACACUGUCGUCGUCGGGCGCGUCGCCUCUCGUCAUGACCAGACUGCAGUCGGACGAGCCGUCGACGGACGCAAGCACCACCACGACGACCACGACCACGAUGAGCAUGACGGGACGGAGCAUCGCGAGCGUGGACUCGGACGGGCUGACGCCGAGCGCCGUUUUCUCGCAGAUCAUGCAUCCGGAUGGCAGGUGCUAG